UGAGCGUUUCGUUCCCUCCGUGCGACGCUACCACUCUCCUCUCCUCUUCUUCCUCUUCGCGAUGCUGAGAGCGGAGCUCCUCCCUCGGUUCAAACCCUCGCCUCUCUCACCCCGCGCACCCAAAACCCUUCUCCUCUCUCGCCGCUUCGUCCGCAAGAUCCCCCCAAACCCUUCUUCCUCGAUCCCUCUCCCUCUCAAGAACCGCCUCUACAAUCGUCUCCAGUUCCGAUCAAACCCUAAUUUCCAGGUGAAUUCGCAGAGUUCGUGUUGCGGUGGUUUGGAGAUCGACGCAGAUGAGAUACUGGAUGUAGGGGAUAGAGAUUUGCCCGUUGAUCUCUUCUUGACGCGGACUCUUCCUCCGGCUCUCACGCUUAAAGCGGGGUAUGAGAAGAUAAAGAACGCGAUCGAAGAGCUGAAGACGAAUCCACCCUCUGCCAGUAGUGGUGUCCUCAGAUAUCAGGUACUUGUGCCUCCGAGUACAAAGGCAUCAAAUUGGCUGUACCAUCAAUGCAGGAAUUUGUCAGGAUAUCCACAAUUUUAUAUCUGCACUUCACGAACUCAUGAUCUAUCCCUUGAAUUGGCUCCACGAAAUAAAUUGCUUGAGGUUUCUGGUUUUGGUACUGCAGUUUGUCUGCAUGGUUCUUCUCAUAUCCAAAAAGGAUAUAGUUUGCUGGCAAGAUAUCUUUCAAGCGAUUGCCACCUGGUAAGAGCUUAUGGUUUCGUUGAUCUGAAUUUCAACAAGGAGCUAUCUUCAAUGGUGGAGAAAUCUGGUUCUUUUUACCUUUUUAUCCCUCAGAUCGAGCUGAACGAAUUCGAUGGCUGCUCAUUGUUAGCAUCAACACUUGCUUGGGACGACUCGAUGUUGUCGUAUACAUUUGAGAGAGCAGUUUAUAUAUUUGAGUCAUAUUUUCACAAGAUGAUUGACUAUAUUGCUCCAGUUAACAUUUAUGAGAAAGAGCUGUGGAUGAGUUGCAGCUCUGGACAAUCAAAUGCGGUGAAGAUUAAAAAUGCUCAAAUGGUGUACUUGAAUGCUCUGGUUCUUGCUAGAGCUGCUGUUGGAGCUAAUUGCAUGCAAAAGCAGGGAAAUCUUCCGAUUUCUGAUCAGUCUUAUUUCCGCUGUUCACAGUCAUUUUCUCUUACUAAUGACAUGCAUUUUCGUUCCCAUGGAACCCAUUUGCCAAUAAAAGAGUGUUCCAACAUCAAUCUAGCAUGGGCGUCUCUUAUAGUUGAAGAAUGUGUUAGACUUGGCUUGACGUACUUCUGCAUAGCUCCAGGGUCACGAUCAUCACCACUUGCGCUUUCUGCUUGUGCGCAUUCCUUGACAAGUUGUGUUUCAUGUUAUGAUGAGCGCUCACUUGGGUUUCAUGCUGUCGGGUAUGCAAGAGGUGCCAAUAAACCUGCAGUUGUCAUUACAUCCUCAGGAACUGCAGUGUCAAAUCUUCUUCCUUCGGUGGUGGAGGCCAGUCAAGACUUUGUACCUCUUAUGUUGCUCACAGCUGAUCGCCCUCCAGAGCUGCAUGAUGCUGGAGCCAACCAAUCUAUUGAUCAGGUCAAUCAUUUUGGAAAGUUCGUGAGGUAUUUCUUUAAUCUCCCUCCACCAACUGAUCAAAUUUCUGCAAAAAUGGUUCUAACUACUGUUGACUCAGCCGCUUAUGCUGCAACUCAAGUGCCACAUGGUCCUGUUCAUAUAAAUUGUUCAUUUAGAGAACCUUUGGAGGACUCAUAUAGAGAAUGGACAAGGGAAUGCCUACGAGGAUUAGAUAUGUGGUUAACAAGCAUGGAACCUUAUACUAGAUAUAGAAGAAUGCAAGGUUUGUAUGCAAGCAAUAAUUAUGCUAACUCAAUGACUGGGGUUUUGGAAGUAAUAAUGAGAGCAAACAAAGGGCUUCUGCUGGUUGGCUCUAUCCACUCUGAAGAUGACAUGUGGGCGGCAGUUCAGUUAGCUAAGCACCUUUCUUGGCCAAUUGUUACUGAUAUUUUAUCAGGCUUGCGGUUGCGCAUAUCAUUUACUUCAUUUCCAGAACUUAAGGAUGAUUUCCUUUUUAUAGACCACAUGGAUCAUGCUCUACUUGCUGAUUCUGUCAAGAGCUGGGCACUGCCUGAUGUGGUUAUUCAGAUUGGUAGCAGGAUUACUAGCAAACGAAUUGGCCAGUUUCUGGAUCACUGUCCUCCAGCUUCAUAUGUCUUGGUUGACAAUCACCCAUACCGUCAUGAUCCUUCUCAUAUUGUUACUCACAGAAUUCAGAGUACCAUAACAGAAUUUGCUGAUGCAUUAUGUAAUGUCCAUUUACCGAAGAAGGCCAGAGGAUGGAGUAAUCUCCUGAAAGCACUGAAUUCAGUGGUUGCGCAGGAAAUAGCAUUUAAAAUCGACUCUGAAUGCAUGUUAACUGAGCCAUAUGUAGCGCAUGUAAUCAGUGAAGUACUUGAUAGUGAUACUGCCAUAUUUAUUGGGAACAGCAUGGUCAUUAGAGACUUGGACAUGUAUGGAAGGGGCUGGCGGAAGUCUGAAAAAACUAAAACUCAUGUGAUGUCAUAUCAGGAUCCAUGUUUCCAUGGUAUACAAGUUGCUGGAAAUAGGGGCGCAAGUGGUAUUGAUGGUUUACUAAGCACUGCUAUCGGGUUUGCAGUAGGAUGCAACAAACAGGUAUUUUGCAUGAUCGGUGAUGUGUCUUUUCUUCAUGAUACAAAUGGGCUGGCCAUUCUCAAUCAAAGGGUGAGGAGGAAGCCUAUAAUUGUCAUUGUAAUAAACAAUCAUGGUGGUGCAAUCUUCAGUCUUCUGCCAAUUUCAAAUACAACACAUUCUGAUGUCUUGGAUAAAUUCUUCUACACAGCUCAUGAUGUUUCUAUUCAGAAACUUUGUGCAGCACACAGUGUGAAACAUUUACUAGUUCAGACAAAAGCAGAUCUUCAAAUUGCUCUCUGGAAAUCCCAACAGGAACAGACUGACUGUGUAAUAGAAGUUCAGAGCUGCAUUGCAGAUAAUGCCAAUUUCCAUAGAAUUAUACGUAUGUCUGCUUGUCAAGCAGCAACUCAAGCACUUGGCUUCCUUUUGGAUUUUCCAGAUAUUGAACAUGUCCAAUGUUUUUCUUUUACCAAGAUCGAUAAAAUGGAAUAUAUGUUAUAUCGAAUACAACUUUUCGCACCACCUACUUCACGUCAAUUUGAUGAUGUUGGGAAUGAGUUAUUCCGUGAGGGAUUUAUUCUGAUUAUUCAUUUGGAUGACAAUACUGUAGGAUUUGGUGAGGUUGCACCAAUUGAAAGUCAUGAAGAGAAUCUGUCAGAUGUUGAAGAACAACUCAGAUUUCUGCUCCACAGGAUGAAAGGCUCUGAGAUAGGUUCUCUUCUUCCUAUGCUGAAUGGAUGUUUCUCUGACUGGAUGUGGAGAAGUCUUGGAGUUCCUCCGUCCUCUAUUUUUCCAAGUGUUAGGUGUGGCUUGGAGAUGGCCAUACUUAAUGCUCUAGCAGCAAAGCAGGGGUCUAGUUUGUCAGAUCUAAUUAGUGGAUGCAUGAGCUCCUCAGGAGAUAAGAAGUCACUCAGAGAUAAUACUCAAGAUUCAGCGAGUAUACAGAUCUGUGCUCUUGUAGAUUGUAAUGGCACUCCAAAUGAAGUGGCGUAUGUUGUCUCACAGCUUGCUAACGAAGGUUUCACCACAGUAAAAUUGAAGGUUGCACGCAGAGAGAGCCCCACUGAAGAUGCAGCCAUCAUCCAAAAAAUAAGAGAAAUGGUUGGGUACAAGAUAAACAUCCGUGUUGAUGCGAAUAGGAAGUGGACAUAUGAAAAGGCAAUCCAGUUUGGGUCUAGUGUGAAAAGCUUUGAUCUGCAAUACAUUGAAGAACCUGUAUGUCAUCAAGAGGAUAUUAUCAAGUUUUGUGAAGAAAGCAACUUACCUGUGGCUUUAGAUGAGACUAUUGACAAACUUAAAGGAGACAUCCUUAGUGAGCUCCAAAAAUUUGUACAUGCAGGAAUAGUUGCUCUUGUAAUAAAACCAAGCAUUGUUGGGGGUUUUGAAAAUGCACGACUUAUGGCAAAAUGGGCUCAGUUGCAUGGGAAGAUGGCUGUUGUUAGUUGUGCAUUUGAAAGUAGUCUUAGUUUGUCGGCAUAUGUACAGUUUGCAUAUUAUCUUGAGCUUCAAAAUGCUGCAAUCUGCAAACUGAAAAAGAGAGAUUUAAGUAGAGCUAUAGCACAUGGACUAGGAACAUAUCGUUGGUUAAAGGAAGAUAUAUCAGAUAAAGGUUUGAAGAUUUGUGUGUCCCCAUAUAGUGACAAUGUGGAAGCUUUGGUAGAAGAUGCACACAGUUUUGUUCAGAAUUUCCAAAUCAACAACAAGAGAAUUCAAAGGGUUUACACUGAAGAACAACUGAAAUCCUACGUUGUAAAAGUUAAGAGUGGUAAUUUUUCUUGUUUAUUCAAGUUACAAGAGGCUGGUUCUUGUACAAAUAAAAAGGUGGUUAUCUUCCUUCAUGGGUUUCUGGGUACAAGUGAUGAAUGGACUCCCACAAUGAAGGCUUUGUCUCAUGCUGCACGAGGAAUUUCUGUUGAUCUUCCAGGCCAUGGAGACUCACCAAUGCAAUGGCAUAGUAAUGAGGAAUCCGAACAAAAAUUGAAACUCUCAGUUGAAACUGUUGCAGAUUUAUUGCUGAAGUUGAUAUGUGAUAUUACUGAUGAAGGGGUAAUUCUUGUCGGAUACUCAAUGGGAGCAAGAAUUGCAUUACAUAUGGCAUUGAGGUACAGUGAGAAGAUCGAGGGAGCCGUUAUAAUAUCAGGAAGCCCCGGACUGAGGGAUGAAGCAAGUAGACGUGUUCGUAGAGCACAAGAUAAAUCAAGGGCUUGUUUGCUGUUAACUCAUGGAUUGCAAUGUUUUCUUCACACAUGGUAUUCAGGAAAUUUGUGGAGAAGUCUGAGAGAACAUCCACACUUUGACCGCAUAAUCAGAAGCCGCACAAGGCAUAAUGACAUCAAAGCUCUCGCAAAGGCUUUCUAUGACUCGAGCAUUGGAGAGCAAAGGUCUCUGUGGGGAGACUUGAAACAUUGCAAGAGGCCUCUUCUCUUUAUUGUCGGGGAAAAGGACACGAAAUUCAAAGAGAUCUCUCUGCAGAUGUGCCGGGAAAUUACGAGCGUUUCCGGUGGCUCAGAUUACAGCCAAAAAGAGGAGCAAUGUGAAAGGCUCGUAAUCCCUGACUGUGGUCAUGCUGUGCAUCUGGAGAAUCCUCUUCCAGUAAUUAAUGCAGUGGGGAAGUUCAUAACAAAAUUGGCACGUAUAUGAGAUCCUCCUUACGUUGUUUAACAUGUGGAUCUUUUUCUACCAUUUGUUUUCCUUUUUUUCCAUUCAUAGUGAGGUCUAUUAAGGGGCUUUUCUUAAAUUAUGUGUGAUCUAUCUUCAUGAAAAAGAGCAUUUUCGGGCAACAACCCUAUCCUUCCCUUGUCCGAAAAAAUAUUCGGAACACUCUGGAAUUGAGUGAAUUGUUCACUGUGUUCCUAUUAUUUUCCCCCUUAGAUCCUUUCUUUCAACCAGCCGGUCACUUCAAUUUUGCUUUCUGCCGUGCACGUUUGAUCAGUUCAAAGCUCCAAAGCCCGCGCCUAUUUAAAACCUUCGUGGCUAAGGAAGAAGCAAAGCAACAGAGAGAGAGAGAGGUUAAGAGGAAAAGUAGAGAUGGGUCGGUGCCCGUACGCGGCUUUCUCCAAGGAUCAUUGGAGGCCCUUGUGCUUGAUUCCUGGAAUGGGAGGGGGGAGGAAUGCGGCGGCCUUACGAUUGAAGUUAUUUUUAAGCAUUGCAUUCUCAGAAUGAAAGCCCCCAAACUUAGAUAUGCCGACUAUGAUGGGCAUGUCAUGCUAUAACAACAAGUGCUACUACAACGUUCUGAGUGGGUUGUUUAUUCAGAUGUAGACCUGUGACUCGGCGGCACCGCUACAAAAAAAGCAGGUCAAGUUUAUGGUGAGAAGACACUAGUGUAAAGAAGCUGGGUUGUUGCUGCUGCACAAAAUGCACUUCAAUGCUAGCGUGACAGCCACGCACUAUGAGGUGAAUUGUCUGCGUUUCGUUUUCUCCUAUAAUUAUGCCUGUAAUCCGCGAUGCACCCACCCCCGAAAGGGACCUUUCUGAUUUGGAUUUUGGAACCCUCGACUCUGCCAGGACGCAAAACCACCGCAACAUCAACACUCGGUUCACCACAUUAAAAAGUUGUGCCAUAAAACGUCCCCGUUGGAAAAUUGACAUGGGGACUACUAGCAUUGUUAGGAGAUUAACAUGAUUCUCCCAUCACGUGGUGUCCACCUCCAUUAGUUAAUUCAUGAAUUAUUAAAAAUUCAAAUAAAAUAAUUCGUAUGUGAAUUUUUUU